AUGACAAUAAACACUGUCUCCAUCAAAAUCUCCGCCCGAGAUAAGAAGAAAGAAGUCAAAAGGAUGGAGCCAUCUCGAGAGGUGGAUAGACGUCGACGCACUUUGAAGGAGUUAGAGGAAAAAACGUACCCCUUCACUGACUCCGAUGUCGCAGGAGAUGACGAAGAUGUCUCGGAAGGAAGAUUUGAAACUCAUGAAGAGCAAAAGGUCUUGACGCAGCCAUUGCACUUCAAUAUUGAGGAAGCAGUGGAACUUCCUGAAGCAAUAAGCGUAGCCUUGGUAAAUGCAUUGAUGGAUCUUAAUAUUCAUCCAAAUAGAAUAAGAGAGGCCAAAAAAUUAGAACCUGAGUCUCAAGACCGUGCUAUCUGUUGCGCGACAUGUGCUUCCAUCACAUUCACCAAUGAAGAUCUUUUGUUAGGGUCCAAACCACACAACUAUCCGCUUUUCGUGUCGGGGUAUGUGCAAGAACAUAAAUUUAGUCGCAUGCUCGUGGAUGGAGUUUCAGUAGUAAACAUAAUGCCUAAGUCCACAAUGACAAAGUUAGGCAUCACCAUAGACGAAUUAUCUCGAAGUCAUCUCAUGGUUCAAGGCUUCAAUCAAGGGAGGCAAAGAGUCAUGGGCAUGAUCAGAAUUGAGCUCGUGAUAGGUGAUUUAAGGUCCAACAACUUAUUUCACGUGAUUGAUGCCAAGAAUUCCUACAAUCUUCUCUUAGGAAGGUCAUGGGUGCAUGAAAAUGGGAUAGUGCCUUUGACUUUACAUCAAUGUUUCAAAUUUUACAGAGGUGGAGUAAAGAAAAUCCUGGGUGAUGUCAAACCAAUUACCGAAGCCGAGUCUUAUUUCACCGAUGCCAAGUUUUACAUCGAUGAAAACACUGAAGUUAUUCCUACUGAAGUCCACUUGAUAGGCAAGGCCAUACCAAGAAAAGAUGAGCAGUCAAAGUGUCUUUCCACUGAAAAGAAUGGCGAUAAUAAGUCAAAAAGCACUGCCUUUGGACAAAUGGGAUCACCACCGAUAGAUUCACAAAAGGUAUCUAUUCCUGUUCUUCGUUAUGUCUCAUCAUCCCGAAGGAAGGAGGGCCAAUCCCCAUUUGGAAAAGAAGUGAAACCAAGGAAGUUAGGGGAAAGUGACAUGAAGUUCUUGAAGGAGUCUACAACCAUGCAUUUACCCAAGUUGAGCAAUUCAGAUGUGUCGAAAUCUUCAGUACCAAGAAGAAAAGAAAAGAAGGCAGAAACUCAACACAUUAGUGUCGAAGUGGUUGAGGAGGAAGAAGAACCAAAGGCUAUUAAGAGAGCCUCAGUGUUCGACCGCUUAGCCAAGCCUACUCAGCGGAUCUCAGUUUUUAACCGCAUCAAAGAAUCGACAUCACGACAUUCUGUGUUCAAAAGGAUAUAUGGACAUAAGACUCAAAGGAGAAUCCAACCAGCUCCACACAGAUUGAUGCUAGAAAGACUCGGAGCACUAAGCAAGCCGUCUAAAGAGAAAAGCCAGCGAGAGUUGGAAAGUGGAGUUCGUAUUGAUUCCAUAGAAGAUAAUGAAAUCUGGAGCCUAAUCCCGUCAUGUAUGAAACGUCACUCAACAUUAGACAUAACUUCAGGUGACCAACUCAAAGUGAAACGACAAACAAUCAUACAAACUUGGAAAAUUUUGAGUCAACAAAAUGAAAGUGACAAUGAAGAAGCAAAGAUUCUAGCUGUUCAUCACAUUACCAUUAAAGAGCUCGAUGAAGAGGAACCCUUUGAGGAUGAGGUUCAUGAUGCUCCUGCUGCAUUAGAAGAUGGGGGCCAAGUGACUGUUGAUGAAUUAAAAGAGCUCAACUUGGGCACAAAUAAAGACCCAAGACCUAUCUACGUUAGUGCACUUUUGAAACCUAGCAAAGAAGAAUCAUACCAUCAGUUGUUACUUGAGUAUAAAUGUAAUAACCCGGUCCUUAAUUAA